AGGAGUAUGAUAACGUGUCAAAUGCGAAAUUUAUCACUAACAAUACCCGGUCCUUCGUCAUCGUCGAUUGCGUUUGCGUUAUGUCGAUCACUGUCCUCCACACAAACUGAUAACUCGAAUGAAAGACCGCAGAUGUUCCAACUGGAUCAUGUUCGUUCGAGACUUGAAUUUACGGUCCCACUGAUGUUCCGACAACGUCUCGACUACACUUUCUAUCGGAAGGAUAUCGCUUUAGAUGACAGGAUUUUCAACGUUCAUAGAGUAGGUCUUCAGCAGUAUAUGACGCAUCUUGGUGUUAUUAGUGUGACGUGUCAAUUUCUAUUUCCUCACAUUGAGAUGGAGGUUAGAUCUCACUGCUAA